AUGAAUGUAACAGGAACCCUGAUUCUCGGCUUUGUGGUCGUUUUUGUCGUACAGAGCUGGUUUCGCUCCUUUCGCAAAAACGCAUCAUACAAGUUACCUCCGCUCGUCCCAGGGAUCCCCAUAUUUGGAAAUACAUUCCAGAUACCUGCACUCCAGCAAGGGCCAUGGGCUAAAAAGCUGGCAGAUAAAUAUGGGGAGAUGUUCGCCUGCCAAUUCGGAUCCCAGACUUGGGUAUUCUUGAAUUCGUCUCGGGUCGUUAAUGAUCUCAUGGAGCGACGGGCGGCAAUCUACUCGUCACGGCCGCCGUUUCCCAUGACACAAGGAAUCAUGUCGGGGAAUUCCAGAAUCGUGCUUAUGCCCUACAAUGAGCGAUGGCGGACUCUGCGUAAGAUUAUGCAUCAAAUCCUGAGCUCUACAAAACUUUAUAUGCCGUUUGAAGACCUGGAGUCCAAGCAGCUGCUCUGGGACUAUCUGGAAAAGCCGAAUCGAUGGUGGUCUGCCAACGGUCGAUAUGCGAACUCUGUCAUUAUGAGCGUUAUUUUUAGGAGAAGAUCUCUUCUCGACGAUCCCGACGUUGUCGAGCUCUUCGAAACUUUGGAACUUUUUCUGGAAAACCAACAGCCCGGCGUCAAUAUCGUGGAUGCGUUUCCCAUCCUAGAUCGCUUGCCAAAGCGACUCCAGUGGUGGAGACCUCGCGGUGAGAGAAUAUUCGAAAAGAUAAAGAAAGUCUAUGCUAGAGAGGAGGAGAGACUCAGACGCAAGAUGAACGGAAACCAAAAAGAAUGUUUUGGCACCGCUUUCCUUCAAACAAAAGAAGUGACCGAAAUGAGCCAGACGCAGCGAUUAUUCGUCUUUGGUACUUUGAUGGAAGCUGGCAGUGACACUUCGAGAGUCACACUGGGUCAGAUAAUCGCAGGGGCAGCCACGUAUCCCGACUGGGUAGAACGAGCCAGGGUACAUUUAGACGCUGUCUGCGGGCACCACGCCGAGCGACUUCCUCAAUGGGCGGACCGCGACCAGCUCCGUUACAUCACCGCCGUGGUGAAGGAGGGUUUCCGCUGGCGCCCGAACAUUGCUGAGAUUGGAGCACCAACAAUGCUGCACAUCAAGGACGAUGAGUAUGAAGGAUACAAGUUCCCAGCUGGAACCGUUUUCACUUGGAAUGCAUGGGCUAUAGCACUUAGCCCGGACGAGUAUGAAGACCCUGAGCGAUUCUGGCCGGACCGAUUUCUAAAUGACGACUUGACCAACCCGCUCAAAGGGCACUGGGCAUUUGGGCCUGGCCGCAGAGUUUGUGCAGGAUGGAAAGUCGGCGAGAUGAACGUGUGGAUCGCAAUCGCCCGUCUGCUCUAUUGCUUCGAUUUUACCCAGGUUCCGGACAAGCCAAUUGAUACUAUGACCAUACCGCAGCUCACGAAACAUUCCGCACCUUUUGACGUCAAGGUUUCCUUACGAAGCGAAGCUCAUGCCGCUCUGAUCAGACGUGAUUGUGAAGAAGUGACUAGGAUUCAGUACUAG